AAUCAAGGGAAGCACAUCUCUCAAAAACUAAUCAGGUUCAACGAAAAUUCUUUGAACAUGGCCUUUCCUAUAUUCUUCCUGUCCCAUUCCUCACCAAAUCAUUAGAUAGCUAAGGAAAAAGGGAAGAGAAGAAACAAAACGGGAAAAGAAGACAGAGACUAGAGAGACUUCAAGAACUUGCUUCCCUUUCAUAAGCAAGCAAGCAUUUGAGAGAGAGAGAAAGAGAGAGAGAUUGGUUUUGUAGGUGAAAUGGAGAAAUCAAGCUUUCAACAGAUGUUCAACCAGUUGAGCCAUCGUUUGAAGGAGAAGAGAGCCCUUACUGGAAUAGCUGAGAAAAUGGAGGACCAAGCGAUAAGAUCAGAUGAUUCAGCUCAGCCACAACGGAAAACGAUGAACUUGUUGAAGAACAUGGAGUGUUCAGCCCCCGCAUCAUCCCACGUUGGUGAUCAAUCCUCCAAGGCAAACUCCAUAGCAAAUGCAGCACCGAACGACCUCAGGAAAGAUGUUAAUAACAAAAUGGUGAAAAAUGAUCAAAUAACCAUAUUUUACGCCGGAAGCGUGCACGUCUUUGAUGAUUUUCCGGUUGACAAGAUGAAGGCAGUGAUGAGUUAUGCUGCAAAAUUUAGCCCCGAUCACAUUUCCAGUCAUUUGGUUAUCAAUGGUGGUGGAAGUAACAAGACUGGUCAUGCAAAACUCAUGGCCAGUGCACAAAAUAGUAGUGUUGGAGCUGGACUUUCCACAUAUCAAGAACUUCUUCAAGCCAAAACUGAAGCUGCUGCUUCUGAUCUGCCUAUUGCAAGGAGGGCUUCACUUCACAGAUUCCUAUCAAAGAGAAAGGACAGGGCUUCGGCGAGAGCUCCUUACGUGAGGAACUCUCCUACUGCAGCAUCCAGACACGAGGAGGGUAGUUCAAUUCAUCUUCCUCAAAGCUGAUUCUUCAGAGAGCCUUGAACUCAGACUCUAGGGUUUAUAAUUAUCAGCUUUGAAUUCAUCUGAAAAAGUACUUGCUUUGGGUUAUUUGAAUUAUAAAUUUGGUCCCCCUGCUUAUAUCAAAUUUCACGUUGUUUCC